UUCAACAGUUAUCAUUCCUUUCGAUUAUCGCUAACUCGUCUUCCUCGGCUGAUGUGUUUGUUUUAGCGUCAAAUUGUGCAAGAAUGAGCUACCAGCCGUGCCCUCCGUCAACACCGCAGCCCUGCCCACAGGCGUGUCCCCCACCGCCGCCGGCUCCACCAUGCCGUGUGAAACCAAUUAUGCGAGGUCUCCACCGAGCUCAGACUAAAGCACUCAUAGCACAGGGCACUUUACUGGCAUUUAUUGGUGGGGCAGCUUACUAUGUACUCAUUAGCGCACCAAGGAUUGCAGCUUAUAAGGAUUUUUAUGCAAAAGGUGAAUUUGAAGAUUGGGCCGAUGAGAUGGCAAGAAAAGGCUUGUUCCAAUCGGUUCCCGUGGAAUCUCUAAAAGAUAACCAGCAUAUGAAUAAAUAGCCAAUGUAACAAUUA